GAGAGUUGAAGGAUGUUGAAAUUUCACAACUCCAAGGCAUCAGUGAGUCUUGGAAAGAGAAUUGGCCACCCUGGCAAUCAAAAAUAGAAUCUGGCCCGGCCGCAAAGCAUGCCUUGUUCGGUGCAUGCCCCCGCCGCGAAGCUCGCGGUUUCAACCUCAGCUUUUCGCCCAUGGCCUGGGCUCAAGUUCCUCCGGUGAGUGAAGACACACCCUUUUCGAGCCAUGGAGGGCGAGUUGAUGGAUGUGCCGGAGCUUCACCCGGCAGGAGAUUUUUGGGAGCUCCACCGGCAGUUGGCGAAAUGCUACCAGGCUGAUAUCGCGCGCUUGAGAGGGGCCGAGGAGGAGGAGUUCCUGCGGCGUGAGUCCAGCGUGCCGCCACUGACCGACCCCUCUUUGCAAUCGGUGUCGCCCAGGACCCGGCACAUGGAGGACUCAGGCGCCCGGCGGAACUCCCGGCGCUCCACGAUCAAAAACAGGAGAGAGAAGUCCUUGAAGACCUUGCUUGGAUGGCAAGGGGUGAAGCCUCCUGCCGCCACGGAGGAGGAGGUCUCGGCAACGGUGGUGGAAUUGACGUGCCACGACUGUUGGGGUGCUACGAGCUCCAAACCUCCGGUGAAGUGGACCCGCGGGAGGACCAAGGACUUCGCCGCGGCCGCGACGGCCCGGCCGAACGCCGCGCCGAUGAAGCCCACCGUGAACUCGGCGGAAUCUGCGGAUGUGGCUCCCAGGACAUGGAUUCUACAUCCAGGGGGGAGUUUCAGAACAGUUUGGAAUUUGCUGAUGGCGGCCUGUGUUUUCUACGACCUUUUGGUGAUACCUCUUUAUGCCUUUACUCUGCCGCGGAGUGUGUUGUGGGAUGUUUUGGAUUGGCUCAUUCAAAUCUACUGGAACCUGGACUUUGCCGUCUCCUUCCUCACAGGCUUCUACGAUGAAGGCACCUUGGUCUUUAGCCUGCUCCGCAUCGCGAUGCACUACGCGAAGACCUGGAUGCUCUUUGAUCUCAGUUUGAUCUCCAUGGACUGGGCCUUUCGCGCCAUGGAGUGGUCCAACGAGUCGGAACUGCAGAACAUCAUGUGGUCCAGGAGCUUGCGGAUGCUCCGCUUCUUGCGGCUCAUGCGGAUGCUGCGGAUGGUGAAGCUCCGGCGGAUCAACGAGGUCUUCCAAGAGUUCUUCACCUCGCAGGCCUCGACUUUGUACUACAGCCUUUUCAGCAGCCUGAUUCACUUGUGUGUGUUGAACCACCUCGUCGCUUGUGCAUGGUUCGCCGUGAGUCACGUGCACUCUGAGAACUGGGUUACUGACCUGGGGCUUCAGGAUGACAGCAUGGAGUAUCAAUACCUGACUUGCCUGAACUGGGCCUUCGCUCAACUUGGGGUUGGCUCAAGCCCCGCGAAGGCCACCAACGUGGUGGAGAUGGCUUAUUGCAUCUUCGUGGCCUUUCGAUCUUUGAUCACCUCCUCCACUUUGAUCUCCACCGUCAGCAAUUUGAUGGCUGGCCUCAGUAAGAUCAAGGAGGAUGAAAACACGGAGUUCCGUUUGUUGCGGUGCUACAUGAGCCAAAACAACAUCUCAGCGCAGUUGGCGCAGAAGAUCACGCACUUCCUGCAGUAUCAGUACACCUUGAGGCAGCAAGCGAGGUCUGCAGACAUGGACGUGCCCUUGCUGGAGCUCCUGUCUCCUCAGCUUCAUGGUGAACUCCAGUUUGCUCGCUUCGAGAAGGAGCUUUGCAAGCUUCAGGUGGUCCAUGACUUGGUCUUCGAAGGGGCCGACAGACAAGUGGUUCACAUCUUGCAGCGGGUCUCACAAGAUGCGGUGAAGAACAACGUGGUGGCGGCCGCGGAUGUGAUCUUCCUCGCGGGGAACCACGCAGCCUCGGCGUAUCUGAAGCUCAGUGGCGACCUCACCUACUGCUACGAGGAUGGAGAGGAAGAAGUUGGCAGCGGAUUCUGGAGUGCCGAGGUGGCCUUGUGGACGCCCUGGGUCUACCUGGGCGACUUGGUCUCCACGGACGUCUCCCGCGUGGCGUCCCUGGACGUGCAGAGCUUCUGCCAUGCCAUGAUGGACUCCUGGCAGACGCAGCGCUGCGCCAGCCGAUACGCCUCCAAAUUUUUGGCUGCCAUGGCCAAGCAGAAGAAGUGGAGCGACCUCUUCGUGUUAGAUCAAGAGCAGAGGCCUCAUCAGCACCUUAAGGAUGAGCAGACACGGUCAGCCUGGUCAGCUUGCUGCUGCUGGAUAUGAGUGGGAACGAGCGGAAGUCACGUGAGGUCAAGGCCAAAAGCACCAAACCCAGGUGUGUUGAUAGAUGAACAUGGAAAUACAGUGGUUUCAGAGUAGAAUGGCACAAGCCCCAAGCCCAAAGAUGUCCUUGGUUUUACAUGGGGCUCCCAAAACAGACCUUCUAGGUGGGGGAUUGUGCCACCCACCAUGAACCUCAUUAUUUGAAGUUGGCUCAAAAGGCUGGUCCAGACUCCAGACGAGCGGCCGAUGUUUUUCCACGGUGAACGAAGGGAGAGAGACGAUGCACGCCUCUUGAGACGGAUGGCCGUGCUGUUGGGCGGCAUUUGACAGUAAGUAGGUUCAGAGAUGACCUAAACCCACCAGCCCUUGGAACCCAUCGGUCAUCAUAGGGGGUUGCGCCGUCCGCGAAAAUGAGUGACAGGACCCGGCAAGCGUCAUAGGUGUGCUCAGUGUGCUCCUCCAAUCCGGAAGCAACCACAUACGAUGCAGGGAGACCAGGAAAACAUGAAUCAUGUGUGACAACUGCAUGAAAGUACAAGAUAGCAAGGACCAUCUCCAUCCCCGCUUUAUUAAGCUUGCUAGGCUUGCCCUUGUGGUUAUUUGACGGCAAUGACCCCCUUUCUAAUGGAAGACAUGGGUUUCAAGUGGUUUCGUUCCAAAGCUUCUUAGUCUUAGUUCCUUUCCAGCCGAGCCGCUUGGAGCCCACUUGCUGCCCAGGCAUGUGCUGGAGCUCUCGGAAGGUCCAGGACUUUCAUGGGAUCCCUCCCAGGAGCAACGGCAGGUGAGGAGCUGAGGCGCUUACGAAGAAAAAGUUCAACAUGAGUAGCUGCAGAUGAGUUGAAUGGUCUGGUCUGGGGGAUUUGGGCAGGAGGCACAAGCAAGCCAG